AGAGGAAGAAAAGAGCAAGGGAGGGAGUAACUGAUGAAGAGAGAGAGAGAGAGAGCAGCUCUGAGCAACACUGAAAGGAAGAGUCACGUCGAGAAGAUGCCAGACAAAAUACAAAGUGAAGAGGAACAAUCGGAGCAGAUAACUUGUAUGCAAAUAUAGAUGGGACUGAUUUCUCCCGCACGGACGAAAAAAACUUACCACAGAUUCUUAAACCAAAGGCUGCAGAUUAACGUCAGAGCAAAUUUGGGACAUUUCAAGUCAUCUGGAUAUUGGUUGAGGUAACUGAUGUUUGCUCUUUUAUGUCGGAAGGGAUGGAGAUAUUUAAAGCCUGAGCAAAAUGGUACCCUGAUGCCUCCACCUCCCACCAAUCCAGCUCUCUUUGGGAACUUAUUGCAGGAUCGUUCUGACCUUUGACCGCUUAUCUUGCCAUCUCUGUCUAUUUUUUCCUUGGCUUGAUCUUUAGGUCUUCCAAGAAGGCGUCUUUCAGAAGCAAGCAAAAGCUGUCUUCCAGUAAAAAGAGAAUCAAUCUUCCAUUAGAAGAGUCUUCCAGCUUGUAUUGCAACAUAGAAGGAAAUCGUAAUUACUUAAGUUCCAUCUUUAAGUGAAAAAUGACUGGCAUUUCUGAAAGAAAGCAGAAAGGAUCAUUUCUUCAACCAAGAAUAACAACUUCUGUCAUCCUACAUUUAGACACAGUUGAUUAAAUUCAACACAAGCUGGCCAAGGCGAGCAUCCAAUGCCUACUUGACGAAUGAGGGCAGCAGGAUCGACGAACUUCAGGAUGACGACUUUACAGCAAAAAAUAACACAACCAUAAACCAGCUUCGUCACACAACACAUCAACAAGCUACAUUUCUCUGCACAUUCGGAUGCUAACUCACUUUUGUUCUCGAAAAAGAUAUUGAGUUUUAGAUAAGACGUCAAGAACCAAAAAAGCAGGAGGAUUGAUCUAAAACAUCUUUACAGCUAAGAAGAAUUUUUUAAGAAGCAGAAUCUGGUGAUAAUUGUGACAGAACUGGACCAGGCGGACGACAAGGUGCAGGGGCACAGGACCAGGGCUGCAAGGGGCUUCCAAAGGCUGUCACAGGUCCUGAAAGCAUGGAUCCAAUACAGGAAUAAACAACAGGACGGGAAGUAUCACCUUACCGACUGGUACAAUGUGUGGCUUGGCGCCCCCUGGAGGUGGCGAUCAGUGAUAUUAAACAUGCUCCCCCAUGGCCAUCCUCACAGGUGCCGGGCCAUUGUGGAGGAGUCAGAAAACGAUCGGGAGGAGAGGAUUCUUGCAAUACUAGGGAUUAUUGGGACUGUGCUGAACCUACUCGUAGUCAUCUUUGUCUACAUCUAUACCACUUUUUAAGAUCCUAGGUUACAGGAUGCCCUCAUCAGCUAGAGGAAUGGCAAAGGGGCAGAGAAGAACAACUGUGGGAAAAGACUUUCCAACAAAAACCUACAAGCAGUGCCUGAUCUGUUCAGUCGGUCUACAAAAUGCAGCAUUUAGGCUAAAAGAUAUGCUGACAUGUUUUAGAUUCAGAUUAGUAUAAAAGAUUAUAUUUCAUUUGUUUAUUAUUAUUCCAUGUAUCUGUUCAUUUUGUAUAGUCUUAAUAUUAACUGCAUGUUGUCUGAUUUCUGACAUAACUAUUGCCGUAUAUGCUGUUUCUUUCAGAUUUGUGUAAAGUUCACUUACAGCUGACCUGAUGUUGUCUGGGUCCAGAAAAGAUAAAGAUCUACAGUACAGGGGAUAUUAAGGCACUUAAUUCUGCUUUUAAGCAUGCAGAGUUAGGAGAGAGUCUCUUUAUUAGAUUUGUCAGUUUACUGCUUUAGUCAGAUUUCUCUCAAUAUGAAGCACAACACGGCAGAAUAAUAACUUUGAUUUGUUCUCAGCAAUUUAGCAGGCUAAGCAAAACUGGGAACUGAUAACUGAUGGCCUCUUUUGUUGCUGUCACACUCAUAAUGUACCCUUUCUACUUAAUGUACUUUUUGACGAAUUUAAACCUGAGAUAAUAGUGCUGUAAUAGUUUUGUAUAACAAAUGUGGUAAGAAAUUCUGCACAAUAAGAGAUAUGAAUAAUUUUGAAAUAAUAGAAAAGACAGUGUUAUAAGAAUAAUAAUGUUUUGAAAGAAAAUGAAAGAAAAUGAAUAAAGUAAAAGAGAAACUGCA